CUCCCUCAGCCCUCUCUCUCUCUCUCUCUCUCUCUCUCUCUUUGUAUCGCAGGAGCACAACCUCACAACAAUGUCAAAUGUUUUGCUGAUGACAUUUCUUGCUCUGCUCUUUCUGUCAAUAAUUCCACAGAAAUCAGAUGGGGAGUUUGAGCAAUGGUGCAUAGCUGAUGAACAGACCCCAGAUGACGAGUUGCAGGCGGCCUUGGAUUGGUCUUGUGGAAGAGGAGGUGCAGAUUGCAGCAAAAUUCAGGUGAACCAACCUUGCUAUCUCCCAAACACUGUGAGGGACCAUGCUUCCUAUGCCUUCAAUAACUACUUUCAAAAAUUCAAGCACAAAGGUGGAUCUUGCUACUUCAAAGGUGCUGCAUUGAUCACAGAACUUGACCCAAGUCAUAACUCCUGCACCUACGAGUUUGUUCCCUGAUAUCAAUCAAAUGGUUUUCAGUAUUUAAAAUGCCAAUAAUAGAAGUAUAAUUUGAGAGGAUUUUUUUUGUUUCCCCUUCUUCUUGUUUCUAGCUUUGCCCUUGUAGUAUUGUAAUGAGAUUGGUAUUCUUUAAUGGAAGCAAACUCAAAAGCCUACAAAAGUGAGGUUGAAAUCAUUUUGGGUUCUGUUUUAUGAUCUCAAAGUAAAGAAUUGAGAGAAUGAA